AUGGCUGCACAACAACAAGAACUAGAUGAGAAGAACCCAUUCUAUGAGUUAGUUGUUAUUUGUAGUACUUCGGGUCAAUUUGACCAAACCGUCAAUUCGUUCAAAGAUAUUAUAAAAAAGUCUAAGUUAGUAUGUAUAAAAGACUCUGAGUUGUUAGAUUGGAUAAAGAAGUACCAAAGAAGAGUUUUGAAGUACAAUGCUAUAAAUGAGUAUGUCAAUUCUAAGUUUAAAGACCCAAAUGAGGAAAUGCAGAGAAUAUUAGAGAAGAAACACUUCAGAAACAAACAGAAAGAGAUAGAAUACAUUUCGAAGAAAUUGCAAUCUUACGAUUGGAAGACUUACCCUCAUAGAUGUCUUCUUAUCUUAGAUGACUUUGCUUCUCAUCCUUUGUUAAAGAAUAGAGAACAAGACAUGUGUCGAAUUCUUAAGAAGCUCAGACACUUUAACAUCUCUGUUGUCAUUUGUGUACAGACAGCCAAGAGUUUAAGUAAGGAUGUAAAGAGAAUACUUACUGAUAUUAUACUUUUCCCCGGAUUGUCCGAAGACGAUUUCAUGGAACUUAUGAAAGAGUCCAUGGCAGGUAAGUUUGACAGACAUGAACUAUGGGAGAAGUACAAAGUCAUACAAGACCCUCAUACUUCUUUCAGAAUUCAUAUCUACGCAAACAAAGUUCAAAUUGUAAAAAGUCAAGCUUGA